GCUUCACAGUGGGCCGUCCAGUCAGCAUCAGAAUCUUUUUAUAUUAUGAUUUUACUUCUGCUAACAGCUUCCUGACGUCUCGUCACUUCAGUCAACUCAACAUGAAGAACUUUGUCUUCAUAGGAGCUGUUCUCUUCAGCUGCUGCUGGAUCUCUGUUGUUUCUCAGACAGUGUCUGUUCUGCCAGGUGAAAACGUCAAUCUGCUCUGUAACAAACAUUCUGGUCCUCCGUUGUUCUGGUUCAGAUUAGUCAACAGAACCAGGAUCAGUUGUAUCUCUGUCAGUUUGUCAGGAUCAACCAGAUACUGUGAUGAAUUUAAAAGUGGAUCAUUUAACAUUUGGUCCAACUCGUCCACAUCAGUUCUCAGAAUAAAUCAGCUGAACGUUUCUGACUCUGGACUGUAUUUCUGUGGAUUUGCUACCAAACAACAUCGACUUUUCACUGCGACUCAGUUACAUGUGAACGGCACUAAGGAAUUUGAAGGAGAAACUGAGAUUAAAGAAAAAACACCUGAAUUCAAAACUCUCCUAAUCAUUUUUCUACUCUGUGCUGCGAAUGGUCUCUUGAUUGUCAUCAUCAUCAUCCUCAUCAUCGUCUGUUUGGUUUGUAAAGCUAAGAAAUCUAAGAAAGCUGACGAUUCCAGCAGAAAUCCAGAACAGAGUGAGGACGCUGCAUGUAUUUACGAAAACUGUACAACAGGUGUUGUAAGAGUUAAUACUAUCUAUGAUUCCUAUUGCCUGUCCUGAGGAAGAAGCUGAACUUUGAUCUGGAGCAAAACGGCUCAUUAAUCUGCUGUCUUGAUCAAAAUCCUACGAAACAUAUGUCCAUAGAUAUAAUUAAAAUGAUUUGUGUAAAUAAGCAAUGGAAGAACCUGUCAGAUACUUUAUGAUUCAUGAUUUCUGUAGAUUGCAAAUGACUGAAAUAAAUGAAAACAAUGGAGAAUCACACAGGGUUAACAUCACUCUCUCUUCUUUUGGAUAUUUUUUAAAAGUCAUAAUAAAUUAAACUGUCUAAACCAUG